AUGCCUUCAUCCCCGAGGACGCCGCGGCACUCGCGCCAGUCCUCCCUCAUCGACCCCUUUCAACCCUCCUCUCCCGGUGCUUCACCAACCGCGAGGCGAGCCUCCAAGUCCUCCUUUGCGGACCCCAUGACACCGUUGCGCAACAGCAUGAACGAGCAGGAGUUGAGCACCUUCAGCGGCGCAAACUUCGAACCCGCGGACAACGGACUUGGCAACCUGGCAGACGAGCUGGGCGAUGCCCUGUACGGAGACGAAGACGAAGACGAGGGGGAAUAUUACGAGGACGACAGCGAACAAGCACCGGAUAUCAGCUUUGAUGCCAAGAGCCCCGAGGGCGGCGACGACGUCGGGGAGGUCAGAGACAGCGGUGUCGACGUCGAGCUGCCCAUCAGAAACAAGAACCUGAAUCUAAGCCCGCCAAGAAGCGGUAAAGGGCACCGCAGACAAGGAAGCGCAUAUGAUGGCAGUGAAUAUGGUUCCGACUCGGACCUCGACUCCCCGGGCAUACCGCCCAGUCUCGUGGCAAGGAUGGACGCCGUCGAAUCGCUUGCAAGGAGGGGAACCGAGAGCGGCCCAGCCGACAUGGUCUUCAAACGGGUAGCAGACGGCCUGCGAGAUCUAGGGUCGCAGUCUGGCGUCGAAGGUAGCACCACCAGAUUAAUCACGGCACAUUCGGCCUUGGCCACACAUCUGGCACACCAAACCCGCCAACUACACAACCUCACCUUUCCGCUGCUAUCACCAUUGGUCAUGCCGCCGGACGCAGAGACCAUCGACGACCUGCUACCCCUUCUGGUCUCCCUAUCAGACGACAUGCCAAGGCCUGCCACCUCGGCGUACAACUCUCUGGCAGCGUUACACACCGUCACGGCGGAUCUGGUCCAGACUCUCAACUACCUCUCAGACACCCUGCACAUGUCCCGUCAAACGACGACAACGGCGGCAAGGCGGCUCAAGUCCGCCAAGGAUAUGGUGGCAGAGAUGAAACGAGAAGAAGAGCUGAGGGAGGAAGGUGAGAUCUGGCUCAAGAGAGGAAACUGGGGAGAGCGACUGCAAAACCGGGAAUCCGCCAACGUCUGUCGGGACGUGGUCGGUGGGUUUGAAGAGGUCUGUAACGGGUGGAGAGAAAGACUACUAGCACAAGCCGAGUCGGCGUAA